AUGGGACGUGAGGAGCAUGGAGGGACUUGGCAUGGACGCAGCUCAACUGGAUACGCAAAGGAAGAAGGAGGAAGCCAUCUUGAAGACCAGCUCGACCACCGGUCGACCUCAACUCGACCGGCCAAGCUUCAACUCGAUCGAGCUGAGAAGUCAACAGUCAAACCCGAAAAAUGUUGCUUCCCCCUUGACUUUCCUUUGACCCUAAACCUAAUCCUCUUUGCGAUUCUCCACAUGGAAGUGAUGGAAAUCGCUGGAAAAGAUCCACUAAGAGCUCCAAUAUCUCUUGCUCUAGAAAUGAGGUCUAAGGGGUUGGAUGGAUUAGUUUGGGCAAUGAUCCUAUGGCCUCCAAGAUUUGGUAUCCCAAGACUUGUGAUUACUGAUGGAGGAUCUCAUUUCAUCAACAAGGUCUUUGAAAGUCUUUUGAAGAAAAAUGGAGUGAGACACAAGGUUGCCACUCCUUAUCACCCUCAGACAAGUGGACAAGUACAGAUUUCUAACAGAGAAAUCAAGAGGAUCUUAGAGAAGACAGUGGGAAUGACAAGAAAGGAUUGGUCAGUCAAGCUUGAUGAUGCUUUUUGGGCAUAUAGAACUGCAUUCAAAACCCCACUUGGAACAACUCCUUUUCACCUUGUCUAUGGAAAGGCUUGUCAUCUUCCUGUUGAGAUUGAGUAUAAGGCGGAAUGGGCAGUAAAGAAGCUAAACUACGAUAUCAAGACAACAAAGGAGAGGCGCUUGAUUCAGUUGAAUGAGUUGGAUGAAAUUCGUCAUAAUGCCUAUGAGAAUUCUAGGAUCUACAAGGAAAGAACAAAAGCAUAUCAUGACAAGAAGAUAGUCCCCAAGACGUUCUCUCCCAGUGACCAGGUUCUCCUUUUCAACUCAGGCUUGAAACUCUUUCCCGGUAAGCUUAGAUCGCGAUGGUCCGGACCUUUUAAGAUAAAAGAAGUGAAACCAUAUGGCGUUGUUGUACUAUGGAACCGUUCUGGAGGUGAUUUCACUGUUAAUGGACAAAGACUCAAGCCAUAUCUCGCAGACAUUGAUGAGGAUGAGAGAGAAACAGUUCCUUUAGUCGAUGCCCCACUCGCCUAA